UGGAUCCAUCCAAGCCCAGACCACGUCUUCCACAACUGCAACAAACUUGCCGCAGAUUAAGGUCGUGUGCAGCUUCAGUUAAAACAUACUAUACAUAUAUAACAUCCUGUAGAUGGGUGAAUCUGUCUCGACAAAUUGAAGUCGACGACGUUCUCCGUGAUCUUCAUCAUCGUCCAUCACUGACUGGCCCGGGAUCUUCAUCAUCGUUCUUCACUGACUGACCCGGGCGCGGCAUGCAGCUCCAGGAAGAAUUCGAUACCUACGAUGGCUGCGACGCUCUCCUAUCUGUGAAGUACAAGUGCCUUACAGAAAGAUCCAAAGUUAUUGAGAUUGUAGGGGCGAAGGAUAUCGUAUUUGCUCUUUCUCGAUCUGGGCUUUGCGCUGCUUUUGACCGAGUGACAAAUAAGCGCAUAGCCUUCUUGAAUUUAAGCCCAGAUGAAGUUAUUCGGAGCAUGUUUUACAACAAGUACAAUGAUUCGCUUAUCACUAUCUCCAUUUAUCCAUCUGACAAUUAUGGAUCGUUGAACUGCAGAACAACCCCGCUUGAGUAUGUUAGAAGGAAUGAGUUAGAUGCUGGAUUUCCUAUUUUUGAAUCCGAAUCUCUGAAGUGGCCAGGAUUUGUGGAGUUUGAUAGUGUGAAUGGAAAAGUACUCAUAUAUGCACCACAGCAAGGUAUCUAUAAGGUCUUUGACUUGGCGAACUACUCCUUUCUAUAUUCGAUACAACAUGAGAAUGUGCAGGAUAUAAAGAUCAGUCAGGGAUUCAUGCUCGUGGUAUAUAAUAGAACGCCGAGUUAUGUUUCGUUGAAGAUGUUAUCCAUUGUAGAUGGAAAGCCAAUUAAAUCUUUUAAGCACUUGUUGCACCCCAACAAGAAAGUUGAUUUCAUUGAACAUUUCAACAAGAAGCUCCUGGUCAAGCAAGAGGGCGAGAACAUUCAGAUACUUGAUGUGUGGAAUUCUGAGCUAAUAGAAAUCAGUGCCACCAAGUUUGUGAACCCUCAAGCAUUGGCUGUUCUGUAUGAGAGGAAUCUCUUCUUGAUAUUCCGGAAUAGAACGGCAGCUGUAUGGAACUUCCAGGGGGAGCUUGUGACUUCUUUUGAAGACCAUUUGCUUUGGCAUGACAACGUUUGUAGCACAAACGCAAUUUAUAUUACUAAGGACGAGGGCCGGAUUAUCUCGUACUGCAAAUCUGAGGCAGUUGAGGAUGAUGGUACAGUUACUCCAAUUGGGUCCAUCAACAUGAGCGACAUUGUGACGGGCAAGUGCAUUGCGAAGAUUGCUGCCAACAACCCUACCAUCAGUGUCGCCCCUCGCAGAAAUGGUUGCAAUAACCGGUCCUCGGUCGGCUGCACCCCUCCAGAAGCCCUGAAGGACGUUACAGCAGUGUUCUACGACGAGGACAGGAAUGAGAUAUACACCGGCAACAAACACGGUCUGCUGCAUGUGUGGUCCAAUUCAUCCGGGUUUAUUUUCGGGAAACUGUGAUUGUGCAGUCUUCUGUAUUUCCUUGCUACGCACCAUGCUAGUAACAUAGAAUUUAGUCUCCAUGUCAAACUUGGAUGGAUAUUUGAAAUGAUCCGCCGAAUACUGUUCUGUUCUUUCAACAGCGCUGUCAUCAGAAUUUUCAGUUUUCAGAAAACUCUAGUUCUUUUUCUGUAAGUACCUGAAUCAAAUGAUAUGCAAACAAUUUUUGAUAAUUUUGCUGAA